AUGUGCGGCAAUGUCAAAAAACAGUCCUCCCUGGAGGAGCUAACCUUUUGGGAACCAAAGCUAACCGGUUUUACCAAGCCUUGUCUUUCUGCUCUUGCAUCUGCUCCUUCGCACUCGAUCGAAAUCAUGGCUUCUCAGGCUGAGGAAUUCGGGAGUAAAGGUGAAGCAGAGCCAGAUUGGCGGCAAGACCUGAGCCUGGUCAUAACGCCUGUCUUUCACGAGAGCUCGACUGAGAUUUCCCAUCCUUCUCCAGUUCAUCGAAUCCACAAUAUGCAGAGUGCCAACAAAUUUGUAAUAGCGGAGGCAGACGACCAAACUAUGGAAACCGAGUAA